CGAUACAGUUCGCAUCAAUUCGGUACGAAUUCGCAAAAUAAGGGUAAAACGCGAAUUGUUGCAUCAUUUUUACGCUUAAAAAUUGCGAUUCGUCAAUUCGUCUUUAGACACUUUGUCCACACAUCUCGUAUUGUCCUUUCAUUGCACUGUUAGCAUUCAGCAUCGAAAAAAUUGAGAGUAGCACAGAUUCAUUAUUCCCACUUUUUCUUCCGAGCGUGCUGUAAUUGAAACCGAGACCCUCUGACUAGGGAAUAGUUCCAAGUAAUUAAUCGUUUUAACCAUGAAAUUACUAUUCUUAUAUGUGAUCACUGCUCUAUUGUUAAUUACUAAUUGGUCAGUUGUACUGUUCAGGAAAAAACUGUCGUUUAGUUCUCGUACAGUGAGAACUGUAUCAUGACAAACCUGAACUAAGAAAAAGCUCGUAGCUCCACUAAAACUCAAUUGGGAAGUCUAAAACUUACAGAUUAGCGGUUGUUUGAUGCGGGCUACAAAAUGGAUCUUUUUGAACAACUUUAAUUUUCGGAUCUCUGAAGCAAUCCCUCUAACGCUAUUUAAAUCUCUGAAUCAAGUUGAUUCUGAAAUCGUUUCGACCGCCGUUGCCAGGAUUCAAACUCUGUAUGUUUGAAGUACGUUGUCUGCCCACUAGCCAACUGAGUCACGCUGCUCAAUGUGUAUCCUUAUGUGUCAUAUACACAUAUCGGCAUGCGACGUCAAGGAAAAGGAGAAAAGUACGCUUGAACUUUAUUGAAUAAGCAUUAUACCCUUUUUAAUUUCUAGACGCGUGGCGACAUAGAAAGCCAGAGAAAACAUAAUCUUUCAGCUAUUCACUCACUAAAGUUUUCUAUCAUUAUACAGAAAGCUGAUUGUAUUUUGAGGGAGUGCAUCUAUGAACCAAUCACAUCAUUCAAAAUGUCGGUUAUAUUUUUCGAAUUUUCCUGUAUUGUCAACGAACUGCAAAUCUCAGAUAUUGAAAACAUGUAAGGUGAAGACGGUUAAUUUUUAUGACAGAAACUGUUUUUGUCCGGUGGAUAAAAGUUUAAGACACUUAGUGACUGUUCAGCUUCCGCUUUUUUUCUGUGUAAAAUAUUUUUUAAAGAAGUGGAAUCCUUUGCGCCAGAUAGAGAAUUUCGAUUACAUAUAAGAAUAGUAAUUUCAUGAUUAAAACGAUUAAUCACUCGGGACGGUUUCCUCGUGAAAAGAAAAUCAGGGUAGUUAGUGAUGAGCCGAUGGAAAACAACAUUUUUUUCUAAGGGAUAGCAUAAUUAUCUUAUUUAUAUUUUUUGUAUUCUUUUUAGUGGUGGAUCAACAACAAUCAAUUCCUACAAUGAUAUUGAAAUAUUUCGUCAACGAUGUCAAGCAUCUUCCGUCAUGCUUUGUCAAAUAGCGAUGUGGAAUCCAUCAAUAUUCAGGAAAGAAGGUCUAUUACAACUUGAUACUGUUAUUAGACGUGACAUGUUCAAUUUAUUAGACGCGUAUAAGCUCGGAGAUACUGAAAGAGAUACUCAUCGAAUUAAAUUACGCCAUAAAAUGAUGUUGGAUUUUAAUUUGUUAACUAAUCAUGAGAAUACAAUUGAUAUAUGUCCUAUGACGUCUGGAGAAAUAAUUGAGAAAGGUGCAAAAUUUAUAAGAUCGAACUAUACAAGUUGUGAUACACCAAAGAGUGCUUUGAACAGUUAUUGUAUCAAAGAAAAAUUGAAACGACCAAUUUAUCGAACAGAAGAAAUGAAACCACAAAGAAUAUUUCGUACAAUAUUGGAGUUAGAUAAUAAACGAUAUACAACAACGACGUGGGAAAAAAAUAAACAACAAGCUGAACAAGGAGCUGCUAUGGUCUGUCUUAAUUCGAUUGGUAUUGAUCAUUUGAGAUUGAAAUAUGCCAAUAGAUAA